UCUACUGAGAAAAAGCGGCGGUACGUUCGCGGUAUAAGCUGACGAUAACACAAACCUAGCCGAUCAAUGUGGUAUAUAAAGCGCUUACCGCGUUCCCAGAAACACGCUUGAACAGAACAUUAUCAGCGGAGUGUUACGUUAAACGGAGAAAGCUUUGCUAAAAGGAUGUUUGUUAUACUGAUGCCUUUUGUAACCGGUCUGACACUGUCUUUGACAGUCAACGGCGACUACAUCGAGUACAGCACCCCGCCAGGUCAACCGGAUGGCCUGACACCUUACGUCCUCAUCGAACAACCCCACCCGCACGGUGAAGCCAACCGCGAUCGAUAUGGCUUUGACGGGAACAGAAACGAGGCACUUGCCAAUGAUGAGCUCAACCCGGGGCAGAUCAGGUGUCCUGUGGACGGUGAUCCUCACUGUCGGGACUGCGUGCCAGGCCAUGCGGAUAGUGACUUUGUACAGACCCAGUGCUGUUUCUCGCACCACUGGGCCUGGAAAAAUAACCGCAGCCUCCGCGACGUUUUGCCAUAUCGCUUCCAUUUGUCCCCACUAAUCCAGAACGAACCGGAUCGCGACCGGUACGCGACGGCUGGCGAAAUAUGGCACGUGGAUGUGUGCACGAAUGAGUCAGUUGCGACCCUUCCGAAGGGAGGCUACAUCCCGUGCCGCCAGCGCAACGCUUGCCCGGACGUUAGACCAGAUGGAACCAUCAAUUGACGUCUGUACGUUGGCACCCGGUAACCCGUGUUAUUGGUUAGGCAGUCUUGAUAAUCCUAUUUUUCUAACUGCGGCUCGCUGUACAACAAUAUGUCCAAUGUAAUCUUUAUUAAGCCUCUUCUCUCCCGUGUGUGCGCGUGUGUUAAAUGAUAUUUUUAUCCAAUA